CUUACUUUACCCGCUUGGGUACAUAGAGUGCCAAAAAAUUGUUGAGCAGGGCCAAUGGUACGAGGUGGAUUCAUGGUGUUAGCGAAUGCCUCUGAUGUCAUUACUCGUACGUUGCGGCCCUGUCGAUACUGCUAUCAUGUGUACUCGUUGUUGUGCUGAUCUUUCAGCCACGCAUAGGAUCGCUAUCACGUUCUUUGAAGUACUUGAUGUAUGUGGUAAAUGCCCAAGUCUCAUGAAUUUACCAAGGCACAGCGCACGGUAUCUUUUCCCCCUUCUUUUUCCACAUCGUCGUUAUGAUCUUGCACCUCAGCCGCCCCAUCCACUAUCAUUUCAGCACAGAGAGCUCUCCCUUUACUGAAGUACCUAACGAACGGCUUCCGUUGAGUUCAAGCAAUGCCCAGUGCUGAAGCAGUUCAUGCGCUCAUGGAGAAGGUCGGUGAUGCUGGAGAGAAAACCAAGUCGAAAACAAAAGCUGCCAUUGAUUUCUCCCAUCAAUCCGAGCGCCUUGGUCAAUAUGUGCCAGGUCAAGAAGAUGAGACCACAGGGUCAACGCAAGCCGUCGAGGCAAACUUUGUCACGCCCCAAGAUCCCGUCAUUCAGACCAUGGAUGGGGGCCGACUGCCUGCAGUGCCCGUCGAAGAGGCAAUCAAGCUCAACAAGCUUAGAGACGUAGUCGACAAACGUGACCCUUCCCAGCGCAAAGAAAUUAAGGCCACCACGCGUGAGUCAAGAGAUGGAACCAAACAUGGGGCAGCACAUUCCGGUGAACAUGUCACCAAGGAAGACGAUGGGAUCGAUGCUCCACUUCGAGAUGCCAAACCUCCCUCAAGGACGAAUCCGCUGUUUCCCCCCAUGCCUUUGUAUGGACCUCCAACCCCGCUCAGACGAAUACAUUGCUGGACUUUUCGUGUCUCAUCAGCAGUAUUAUCUUUUCUCUUCUUAGUCGUCAUCAUUCUUGGCGCCGCAUUUACCAGCAUCCCGCUUGCAGCUAAACAUGUCUGGUUUCGGAUCACAUUACGUGACCCUAAUUCACGCAGGCCGUUCUUCAAAGAGGAGAAAACACGACGUAAGGCUAGGCGGAUAGCUGACAAGGCGUGGGCUUCGGGUACAAAUGUUGGCUUUGGCGACGAUGUUGAAUGCGACUCAGACGUAAAAGGACUCGACGACUUCGCUCCUCUAGAAGGAGGACCCGACCCGGUUACCUGCGAUGUCCGGUAUUAUGCUCGUCGUGUAGGGCUUGAUUGCGAAAUCUUCGAAGUGCAGACGGAAGAUGGUUUUAUCAUUGAGCUCUGGCAUCUCUACAACCCAAAGAGGUACCAGAGGACGAAUCCAUCCCAACGCAUGCCCCAUGGCCCAGACAACUUUCAAGAUCAUGCGUGCCAUGUACCUGCAGCGGAUGACCAGUCAGGCGAGAAAAGAUAUCCUGUUCUCAUGAUUCACGGCUUGCUUCAGUCAGCGGGUGCUUUCUGCACAAACGAUGAUGACAGCCUCGCUUUCUUCCUGGCCAAAUCUGGGUAUGAUGUGUGGCUCGGAAGCAAUCGCUGCGGCUUUCAUCCAAAGCAUAGCAUGCUAAAGUAUAGCGACCCUCGGAUGUGGGCUUGGAAUAUUCGUCAAAUGGGGGUCAUGGACCUCCCAGCCCUAAUCUCACGCGUUAUAUCAGAGACUGGAUUUCAUAAAAUUGGCCUCAUCGCACAUAGCCAAGGUACAACACAAACUCUAGUUGCAUUGGCUAAAGAGCAACGUCCCGAGAUUGGAGAGAAGAUUAGUGUCUUUUGCGCUUUGGCUCCAGCGGCAUAUGCAGGCCCAUUGAUCGGGAAGAUAUACUUUAAAUUCAUGAGGAUAAUCAGUCCCGCGAUGUUUAGAGCAAUUUUCGGCAUCCAUGCUUUUAUUCCCUUUAUGAUGACCAUGCAUUCGCUCCUGCCUUCCCGACUGUACGGAGCGAUGGGAUAUCGUGUCUUCUCGUUCUUGUUCAACUGGACAGAUGACCGAUGGGAGCAGGAUUUGCGAGAUCGAAUGUUUCAGUUCGCCCCUGUGUAUGUUUCUGCGGAAUCCAUGCGUUGGUGGCUUGGAAGAGAAUGCUUUGCAAAUCACAAAUGUAUCCUUGCCACUCGGGAAGAGAACACGAUAGAGGACCGAGAAGAUGAACAGGAUGACCAGCGACUCGACUAUUCGAGCGACGAAUCUGGUAGCGAUGGCGAGGCCAACUCCACUAGCACGCCACAAUCACCAUCUGACAGACAACGUGCUGACUUCCACCAUCAUAAAAAAGAUCGCUCACGCUUUGCGUGGUAUGGGCCCGGGACCCCUCCCUUUGCGCUGUGGGUUUGCGGUGCCGACGAUCUGGUUGAUGGUCGUAGGCUCCUUCGCCGCUUUGAACGCAACCGCGAACCACAUGUUGAUGUUGUGCAUUCAAAAGUUAUUGAAGGUUAUGAACAUUUAGAUGUCAUUUGGGCGAUGGAUGCUAUAGAAAAAGUGGGAAAGGAGAUACGAGAAGUCAUAUGGAGGACUGCGCCCGAAUCAGCACGACGCGUUUGCAAAAUACCGCGGGGUUGCCAAGAUAUUGUAGACUUUUACAAGCGAACGGAAGAGAGAGAACAAGGCACUAGAGAAGUCGAUACGACAGCUGGUGAGUGGAGUAGUAAGGGCGCACAGCAGGUUUCUGGUGGAGGCGGAGAGGGGCAUCGCGAUCUCGAGGCAGAGGUGGCGAAGGGGGAAAAGAUGCGGUUGUGAUGUUAGGUUAGGAAAUUCGCGGUCAGGUGAAACGGUUCCACGAGUGUUAAAGUUUUCCCAAUUGUUCCACCGUUCUUUAUGCCGCAAGUAGGGGUUCAGAAUGCCUAUCAGCUAUCCACGGUAGAAAAAUCUUUAGAGUAUGUCUUUAAUUAUCUCACAAGUGAGAAAGAACUUGAUGGGAUUCUCCGUGUCGGAAUGAUCUGCCUUUUAGACAUUCGUGUUGGAAGUGGCAUGAGUCGAUAGGAAUUGAUUAUGCGUUUAAUG